GUGGCGCCAAGAUGGCGAUGGAGAUGAGACUUCCAUCGGCUCGCAAACCACUUAGUGAGAGCCUGGGCCGGGACUCGAAGAAGCACCUAGUGGUGCCGGGAGACACGAUCACCACGGACACGGGCUUCAUGCGAGGCCAUGGAACAUACAUGGGGGAAGAGAAGCUCAUCGCAUCUGUGGCUGGCUCUGUAGAGAGAGUAAACAAGUUGAUCUGUGUGAAAGCUUUGAAAACCAGAUAUAAUGGUGAAGUAGGAGACAUCGUGGUGGGCAGAAUCACAGAGGUUCAACAGAAGAGAUGGAAGGUGGAGACCAACUCCAGGCUGGAUUCAGUCUUGCUUCUCUCAUCCAUGAACUUACCUGGAGGAGAGCUGAGGCGAAGAUCUGCGGAAGAUGAGCUAGCCAUGAGAGGUUUCUUGCAGGAAGGGGACCUUAUCAGUGCUGAGGUCCAGGCAGUGUUCUCAGAUGGAGCUGUCUCUCUGCAUACGAGGAGCCUGAAAUAUGGAAAGCUAGGUCAGGGAGUUUUGGUCCAGGUUUCACCAUCGCUGGUGAAAAGGCAGAAGACUCACUUCCAUGAUUUGCCAUGUGGUGCCUCAGUGAUCCUGGGCAACAACGGCUUCAUCUGGAUCUACCCGACUCCUGAGCACAAAGAUGAGGAUGUGGGGGGCUUCACUGCCAACCUGGAGCCUGUCUCCCUUGCUGACCGAGAGGUGAUAUCCCGGCUUCGGAACUGUGUUGUCUUGCUGGUAACUCAGAGGAUGAUGCUGUACGAUACCAGCAUCCUGUACUGCUACGAAGCCUCCCUUCCACAUCAGAUCAAAGACAUCUUAAAGCCAGAGGUAAUGGAGGAGAUUGUGCUGGAAACACGCCGGCGGCUUUUAGAGCAGGAGGGAUGAGGAGAGCUCCCGAGUGUGGGACUGUGCCCCUCUCUGGAGGGGUCUUUGGAAGCGAAGAGCCUGCUGUGUGUCCCCACGUGUGGCCCAGGGAGGGUCUGACAAGCUCGCCUGCACUCCUGUUCUCAGACAUGGCCUGGGUAGAAGCAAAUGGGGGCUCUGGCCACAUGGGCUGCUGCGGAGUCACAGGGCAAGCUGGGAGUCUCAGGUUGUUCUGAGCGCAGUGUCCCAGCAAAGGACCUCCCAUCUUGGAACAGUAUGGAAAACCCAUGUCCACCACUCAUCAUAUUUCACACCAUACGAUGCCCCACAGAACUGCCCCAGUAGAAAACAUGGUGGACUGGGAUAACACAGCAAGGCAAGGCUCUACAUUCAGUCCCCAAUACUGGGAGGAAAACGGAAAAAGCAAAAAAAAAAAAAAGAAAGAAAAGAAAAAAGAAAAACCAUGGCAUCCCUGACCCCCAAUGGUCUAUUGUGGCUUCCAGCCCAUGUCCUUUAAAGUGCGAGUCUGCCAUUGAAGAUACACAGUUGGUAAAAUAACCCAGCAGCAGUGCAGUGGAAGAGUCAGGUGGUUGGAAUCUACCUCCUGCUGCAUGCUCCUUCCAGGGAGCCUGGCACUUGCCCCGUCCUGCCUGUGAGGGUUCUUGUAGGAAGCUGAUAAUGGAGAAAUAAAUGCUCUGACUCCACUGCA